CUGCGCCGUGGCUCCUCUUAUUUUGGCGGCUGAGGGGGAAACAUGGCGGAAAAUUUGAAAGGUGCGAUCGAAGUGGAGAAGAUCACUCUGUGUGAGGAUGCUUUCCGAGAGUUUGAAGUGCCGUUUGAAGUCAAACCAGGACUGGUGGAGCUGGAAAAUCCUCCGCUGCUCAAAGAUGAUCUCCAAGAGUUUGACCUGUCACUGGAAGUCAAAGCAGGAAUGGUGGAGCUGAAGGAUCUUCCUCUGGUGAAAGAUGCCCUACGAGAGUUUGACCUUUCACUUGAAAUCAGAGCAGAUUGCAGUGUACCUUGUAAGAUGUCGUGGGAUGAGCUGGAGGCUCUUUGUCGUACUGAGGGUCUUUACUGUAAAGAGCUGGGGGUGAACAAAGCCAACGUCAACGAGUAUGAGGUGGAGUUCCUGUGUGACUAUAAGAGGACCAAGGAGGAGGAGGAGUUCUACCUGGUGAAGUGGAGAGGCUUUCCAGAGUCAGACAACACAUGGGAGCCCAAGAGGAACCUCAAAUGCAACAAACUGAUAAAGCAGUUCCACUUGGAUCUGGAAAAGGAGCUGAGGCGCCACAAGAGACGCUGCAUCCCUAAAAAGCUGGAUAAGGAGGUAUCCACGUUCCUCGUGCAGAAAGCCAAAACCCGUCAGUCCCUGCAGCGCUGGGAGAAUCAUUUAAACCAAACCCGCAACAGCCCGGGACGCAUUUAUGUCAUCAAUGAUGUAGACUUUGAGGGCCCACCAAAAAACUUUACCUACAUCAACAACUACAAAGUGGGGCAGGGCAUCGUGUUGGACGAGAUGGCGGUGGGCUGUGAGUGUAAGAACUGCUUUGACGAUCCUGUGAACGGCUGCUGCCCCGGGGCCUCGCUGCACCGGAUGGCUUACAACGAAAAGGGGCAGCUGAAGAUCCGAGCGGGGAAGCCGAUUUACGAGUGUAACACUCGGUGCAGCUGUGGUCCGGACUGUCCCAACAGAGUGGUGCAGAAGGGAAUCCAAUUCGACCUGUGCAUCUUUAAGACAGAGAAUGGACGAGGGUGGGGCGUCCGCACGCUGCAGCACAUCAAGAAGAACACAUUUGUCAUGGAGUAUGUAGGAGAGAUCAUCACAACAGAUGAGGCAGAGAGGAGGGGUCACGUGUACGACCGUCAGGGCUCCACGUACCUCUUUGACCUGGACUACGUGGAGGACGUGUACACGGUGGACGCAGCUCACCAAGGAAACAUCUCCCACUUUGUCAACCACAGCUGUAACCCCAACCUUCAGGUUUUUAAUGUGUUCAUUGAUAACAUCGAUGAGAGACUCCCAAGGAUCGCUUUAUUUUCAACAAGGUCCAUUCGAGCAGGAGAGGAGCUCACCUUUGACUACAAGAUGCAAAUUGAUCCAGUGGACACAGAAAGCACCAAAAUGGACUCCAGUUUCAGUCUAGCGGGGCUGCCCAGCUCCCCGAAGAAGAGGAUUCGAGUGGAGUGUCGGUGUGGCUCGGACUCGUGUAGAAAGUAUCUCUUCUGACGAGGGACAACACUCGCCGUUAUCAGUGUAAAGAUGUAGACAUAUGUACAGAUUUGUAUAUGGAUUUUUAUUUUCUUUUCGUUUAAGAAGGUGAAACUUUUAUAUGUGAAAGUGAUGAACUUUUUAAAGAUAAAAACUCAAACCAGAAUGUUAAAUUUAUCUAACAGGAUGUAGAAAGUGUAGGUUUGCAUAAAGUUAAGGACUCUAUCAGAGGAUUAUUUUACUAUGUGAACACUUUCAGAUGUUUCCAAAUAUCUUUUUUCCGUCCCCUGGAAAUAGAAGGUGUAAUGGUGCAUGUAAAGAGAAUGACCUACAUUCACUGACCAUUUUAUUAGGUACACUUGUUCAACUGCUCAAUCAUGUAGCAAUACCAAACAACAGUAAGUUAGCCACAGGAUUGAUGUUAUGGCUGUUUGCAUAAGAAGUGAGCCCCUACAUCACAUUGUCUCUGAAGCUGUAUUUUUAUUGAAUGACUCAUGCACUUAAGUGCAGUCACUUGGUAGCUGAACCCCUAAAUGGACCCUUAAUCUGCAGAAUGCAUCGUUUAAAUGACCCCUAAAAUCACCUUCUCCUCCAUGCUGAUGCUCAGUUUUACCACCAUCUCAUCUUCUUGUCUUCAUGCCAAAAUGCACCGGUUGUUGCCACGUGAUUGGCUGAUUAGAUAGUUGCAUUAAAGAGCAGUUGAACAGGUGUACCUAAUUACGUGGAUGUUAAGUGUAUUCAUUUGCAGUCUUUUGUGCUUUAAACUAUGAUUGAAACGGUAGCCAACAGAUGGAAUCACUGACGUGUCCUUCAAGGGAUUUUCUGUCUUUUUGUAUGGUGCUAAAACUCUCAGAACUGCACAGAAAUCAAAAUAUUCAAAUGAAAUAUAAUAAUACCAACCCUAGACGCAGCUUAUCCAUAGUGCCAGUUAAUUUUGCAGUAGAAUAAUUGAAUGGGUUUUCAUUAUUUUCCAGCAGUCUGUUUGUAGUUGUCUCACGGUCUCUGGACUCAGUUGUUCAAGAGCAAUUCUUUAACUGCACACGUGUAAGAUUGCAAUUUAUUUGGAGUUCUGUUUUGCUUAUUUUAACAUUAAUUUUCCAUGUUUUUGCAUCAUGCUGCAGGUGCUGGUUGAUUUUUAUGGUUGUUCCAAAAUCUCACUGUGCUUCAAAAGAGCUUUUUAGUCAUGGCUGUGUCAAACUGCCAAGUUAAGUGUGUUUUUGUUUUUAAUGUCAAAACUGGAAAAUGAAAAGUUGACUGUC